CUAUCUGUGUAUUUUUCAUUUCUGACGUAAAUUUGAGGAUAUAGUAAUUAAUCGUAACUAUAUGAAAUUCUUACAAUUUAUUAAUCCAAAUACUUUCUUGGCUUGUUGGGGAAUCAAUCUUUAUUGUUGUUGACGUGAAAAAUGACGAUUGAAGGAAACAAGGAUGAAGCUGAGCGCUGCAUUGAAAUUGCGCAAAGUGCCUUCACUGCUGGGAAUUAUGAGAAGGCUGAGCGUUUUUUAGUGAAGGCUGAACGUCUUUAUCCUACAUCAAGGGCUAAAGACCUUUUGACCGUGGUAAGAGCGGCAAUACCCACCGGAACCUCGAAGCGAACGCCUCCCAGUACCCCCAGUGAUGAUGUUAGGCGACGUAAGCCUGCAGCACAUCAACCUGAAAAGAGGGAAUACACUGCCGAUCAAUUGGACGCCGUCAAAAGAAUCAAUACAAAAUGCAAGGAUUAUUACGAAAUUCUAAGUGUAACAAAAGAAGCUACGGAUUCUGACAUCAAGAAAGCUUACAAGAAGUUGGCUCUCCAACUACAUCCAGAUAAGAAUCAUGCACCAGGAGCCGCUGAGGCAUUCAAGGCUAUUGGAAAUGCAGCUGGAGUACUAACAGACCCAGAGAAGCGUAAACAAUAUGAUCUCCGUGGUGAUGAAGCCCCAGCUCAUACGCAGCACACCCAUCACCAAUAUUAUGCGAGGGGCUUUGAAUCUGAUCUCACUGCAGAAGAGUUGUUUAACAUGUUUUUUGGACAUACUGCAUUCUCAGCGGGUGGCCCAACAGUGUACCGUCGCCGUCGUGAACCAGAACAAAGGGAGAACCACGCGGGCUUAGUCCAGCUACUUCCAAUAGUCGUUCUGGUCCUCCUCUCUAUGAUGUCAGGCUUCUUCAUCAGCGAGCCGGUGUACAGCCUCACCCCGAGCUCCAAGUAUCCAGUUCCUAGGGAGACGGUUAAUCUGAAGGUACCGUACUACGUCAAAGACAAUUUCCAUACAGACUACCAAGGAUCGCUACGGAGACUUGAAAUGGCAAUAGAAGAGGAAUAUAUUGUGAACCUACGCCACGCGUGUCAGCGCGAGCGCAACUAUCGGGACAGUCUGGCAUGGAAAGCGCGUAACUUUGGCGACAACAGCCAGUACGCGGAGGCGCAGCGAAUGCGUAUGCCUAGUUGCGAGAAGUUGAACAAGUACCAGCGGUAGAUGGCGCUGUGAGCAUUCAGUUUUUGUUAUGUUGUAAAAGUACCAAUGGUUGGGCAUAGGUAGCGCUAUAUAAAAAAAAGUAUUUGAUCAAUUUAUUGUCAAGUUUUAACGAUAGAUGACGCUGUGAGCAUUCAGUUUUAAGUUGUAAAAGUACCAUUGGUUGAGGAUAGGUGGCGCUAAUCCAAAUUUUGUUUUAUCAAUAUAUUGUCAAGUUUUAACGAUAUAUGACGCUGUGUAUUUUUUUUGUUAAGUUGUGAAUUGUAUAGGUUGUGUUAUUUAAAAUUUUAUUUGAUCAAUUUAUCGUCAAGUAUUAACGAUAGACGCUGUGGUUGGUUUUUGUUAAAAUGAAUAGCAAGUUGAUUAGUUGUUAUGAAUUUUAAGUUAAACUAAUAACAGCCUCAAGUAAUUGUUAUGUUGAAAAUUAUUGUUUAUCAGAUAAAUGUACGAUUGUAUUGUAAGCAAUGUUUGUCUUUCUAAAAGUGUGUAUGCCAAUGUUAGAUGGCGUUAUUUAUGAAUUAUUUUGGUUCUGUAAUUAUGAGGGAUUUAAAAUAAUAGUACCAAAGGUUGACGCUAGAUAGCGCGUUUACAAAUGUCAAGGAUUGAAGUUAUCAAGUUUUACUAAUAGAUGGCGCGGUAGGUGUUAGGCAGUUUGUCGGCAAUUAUUUUAUAAUCGUAUAAAAUUAGUAUUUUCUUUCUUUUAUGUUGCAAUAUACCUGGACAUAUAUAGUCAUAAUAGUCCUUGAGUAUAGAUAAUAUUAUCAAACUUUAUACAGAUUUUUUCACUGCACUCGAAGAUAUAUAUGUUUAGACAUUCGAACCGUGUGCUAACAAAUUGCUUAAUUGAGGCGGUAGAUGGCGCUGUUAGCAAUUUCCCCCAAAACGAUUUUAAUACAAGCAUGCCUUGUUUUAAAAAAUCUAUAGACAUUUGUUUUAUUGUAUGAUAAUCGAAAUAUCGAUUAUUUAUUAUUCGAAAUAAUUAAGAUGGCUGUAGAAAAGUUCAUUAUCUUAUCGUGUAUUUAUUAUUUAAAAUAAAUUGUGGCCCUGGAUAGAUAAAAACAUGCCUUUAUAAUAAAGACUUUAUCCUUAGCGUACAUGAUCCAAAUAGAUCAUAGUUAAAAAUAGUGUCCAUUGUGUUGUUAAGAACUAUCACAAAUUAACAAAAAACGUCAAUGUAUACCACAUAUACACGUCAAACUUGACACUGCGUCAGGAGUAACUUGAGGCGAGCUCUCAGCUGUCAUUGAUUUGACGUAUGACUCGAUGGAACUAUUGUAAAGUGUCACAGCCUUUGAACAUAGUGAAUACUUAUUUGUGUGUUCUAUUAGCUGACUUACCGUAAUAUGAUUUUUUACUUACCAAAAGUCAAAGUCAAAAAUAAUUUAUUCCCAUAGGUAACACAGUGUACACGUAUGAACGUCAUAAAAGAAGUAUAUAUUAUAUGCUUCUAAUUUUACAUUUACUGCCAGUUCUCAAAUUAAGGGCGUAGAACGGAAGAGAAGAACUGGCUAUAAGCUCUCCGCCACUCUUUUUAAUCGCCAAGUUUUUUGUUUUACACAACGUUCGUAAGGAGCUGCAACCAUCACACCAUGUUCCACCAUAGAGACUGUUUCCGAAAUAAAAAUUAACAUUUAGGUAUAUAUAUCCAUCAAAUUUUUCCCUCCAUUCCCAACAUUUCUCAUAAAAACAUUCCUUCAGAGUUCAAGGAAUAACUUUAUGAAAUACUCGAAUUUAUCCAGCCGUCUUUGGGUUUUGCGAUGUUAUAAUAAACACUUGUUUGCAUUUAAUUCAUAUGACUCACGAUUCAGGGUCGAGUAUCCGCUUGAACUGUCACCGUCAUAAUUUAAUAACCGACUUUAUGGACCUGUCAAAAUAACGGAAAUAUAAAUGAAAGAUGAAAAAAAAACUGUUGAGUUUUGUUCAAUUGACGACCGAUAGACGGUACAAUACACACGUUUUAAAUACAAAAAUAUCAGAUUGUAAAUCUAAACCAUUCUCGAACUUUCAUGCUAUUUCAUGAAUCGAUUCAAUUAGGAUUUAUUAUUAAAAGGCUUCUAUACGAGCAAAUGUUUUAAUGAAAUAUGUGGAGCUACAACAUUGCCGACUAUAGCCCGAACAAUUUAAUGCAAAUGACAAUUGUACAUCUCGGCAAUGGCUCAUUAUUUCGUCAUUACAUGGUCUACAUACAUGGCUUGACCAGUACAGUACAGUAUAACCAAUAUAAACAGAAACAAACACAAACGAACAUCGUUACUCGAACGAAUCCUGGCCAAGUAUUCACGCACUUAGGCCGUAAAGCGAUUCUGCAUUAAUAUAAUAAAUAUUGCAGUAUAGCGAUCGUUCGGUCUGAGACACAUUCCCUGGACAUACAAAAAAAUAUUUGGCAAUAUAUAUACUGCCAUACUAGAAAUGUUGCCGAGUAAUGCAUAUUCUAUCCAUAAAUUCUGGCUGUUGCUACCAGCCACUUUUGCAGCUAUUCGUGAAACAUUCGUGAGGAACCCGUGGAUUUAUAUAAAAACGAUCAACUUGAUAUGACUUUGUUUCCGAGUAAUUUGUGGACCAACUUACGAGGCAUAGUGUUGGGCGGUGGCUUCAAGGUGCUACUCUGAUCCCUGAGAUCGUUGGUUCGAUCUCUGGCUGUGCGCUGAUGGACUUUCUAUCUGCGCCUUUGACGCCGUACCGUGUUGGAAAACGUUAAAAAAAUAUGCCUUAGAUCCAAAUAACGGCGUGUGUAAACUCUGAUACAGAUCUGAGGCUAUCUUUUAUUCAUAUACGAAACCUUCAACUUUGUUUAAGUUAACAAAAUCGUUAUUUUUCCUAUCUGGUCACACAUAACGCUAAGACACGACUCUGCAUCUGGACUCGUCCAUUAAAUCACUAAGUUAUGAUAAAAUAUAUUAACAUAGGACUGUUAAAGUGUAUUUAAAAUUGUGCUGUUAUCAUGGUUUAUGGUUUUAUUUGUUUUAAGUAUUCGUUGAAUAAAGUUUGUCCCACUGUA